AUGCUCAUCGGGCGUUCUCUGCUCAUUAUUAUUACUAUUAUAUUUUGGACGUUUCUAUUUGGUGCUAUAACAAGUGAAAAUUCCGAUGAACAUCAUCAUGAACAAUUAAAAUUAAUUGUUGUACCUAUUCAAUCAACAGCAUUAUCUGGUUAUCAAACUGAAUGUCAUGAAUCUUGUAUUACUGAUUAUUGUUAUCAAUAUGCUUUAUUAAAUAAAAAUUGUACAAAAUUAAUACGUGAUCAUUGUGAUUGUUGUACUGUAUGUCUUCGAAAAGAGAAAGAUAUAUGCGGUGGAAGAUUCAAUGUUUAUGGUAUAUGUGAACAAGAUUUAGUUUGUUAUAAAUCAAAUAAAACAAUAACAACAGUAAAAAAUCUUCAUGAACAAACUGGAAUAUGUGUUAAAGCAUGUGUAAAAUUUCAAUGUUUAUCAGUUAUUAAAAAUAAUGAGAAAACUUGUGAAUGUAUAAAUAGACGUAUACCGUGCGAUAAAAAUCUUAAUUAUGAUACAAGAGAUAAUUGCCAAAAUCAAUCAAUAUUUCAACAGGAACACGAAUUAAGUUCUUUGAAGACUAGUGAUGCCAAAGACUCAAUUGAUUGUUCAAAGAUUAUUUGUAAUACUGCACCAAUAAAUUCAUCAAGUUGUCCAUCGGAUAGUCAUUUUAUUGAAGAUCAUACGUCUCUAUUAGGAACAUCAUCAUUGACUCUUUCAAAAACUAAUAUUUCAUCAAUUUGUUGUGAACCACGAGGUCAAUGUAUAUGCUCAUCUUGUCCAAAAACUAUAUGUGGAGAAAAUUCUAUUAUGCAAAUAUAUCGUAUAGGCAGCCCAUAUAUUCCAGGACAAUGUUGUGAUAAAUUUAAUUGCAUUACGAAUUCGGAACAAUGUUAUCAUGAUAAAAAAAUUUAUAAUGAGAAUGAAACAUGGUCAAUUGAUCAAUGUACAACAUGUACUUGUCGUGCUGGACGUGUUGAUUGCGCUAUGAUACAAUGUCCAACCUAUACACAUUGUGGAUAUAUGUAUAAGCCAGAAAAUGAAUGUUGUCCAAAAUGUGGAGGUUGUUUAAAUGAUCGUCUUAAUGUUCAACAUAUGAAUUCUACUUGGAUUGAAUCCGAUGGUUGUAUGCGAUGUUGGUGUGAAAAUGGUCGAUCACGUUGUUUAGCUGAAGGAUGUAUAGCUCCACCAUGUGAAAAUCCACGUCAAAUUGCUAAUGUUUGUUGUCCGGUAUGUGAUUAUGAAGAUCAAAAUAAUUUCGAAAAAAAUCUUUCUAUCAUUCAACCUAUAUCAAAAACAUCAAUUUAUAAAUGUCCAAAAUUAGAUAAUUGUUUACUUGUUUGUGAACAUGGUUUAACUAAAGAUGAACAUGGUUGUUUUCAAUGUGCUUGUUCAACUAUGUCAUGUCCAACACCAUUAUGUACGAUUAAAUUUGAAAAAGUAUCUAAACAAUAUUGUUUAUGUUCAUCACCACCUGGUUUAAAUUGUGGCGAAUUACAUUGUGAUAAACAUUGUCCAUAUAGUUAUUCAAUAAAUGAACAAACAGGUUGUCCUUAUUGUGCCUUUGGAUGUCCAAUAUGUGUUUGUAAAAGUAAUGUAACUUCAACUACAGCUCUUAUCGUACAUUCAUGGCCUCGACAAUGUCAAUCGGGUUUAUUUUCUUAUUCAAAUGGUGAAAUAUGGUUUGAUGGUUGUCGACAAUGUUUAUGUCAUAAAGGUGAACAAUUAUGCGCUCUUAUAUCAUGUCCAGCACCGAAAUGUUCACAGCCUAUAUUCUUACCAAAUCGAUGUUGUCCUUCAUGUCCAGAUCCCGGUCUAUUACCAGAACCAACUCCAUCAUCUCAAGUAUGUUACGCCAGUCAAUAUGUAACUGGCGAAGAACUUGAAUUUGAUAAAUGUACAAAAUGUAUGUGUUUACAUAACAUUGCAUUUUGUAGUAUCUCAUUAUGUCCACCACUUUCUUGUUCAUCUCCUAUUUAUGAUUCAUCAUUAUGUUGUCCAAUUUGUCCACCAUCAUCUGAAUCAUUAUCAAUAAUUGAUAAUAAAUUAAAUAUUGAUGACGAUGUAUGUAUACUUGAUAAUGGUAUGAUAAAAAAUGCAGGUGAAUUAUGGACAAAUAAUGAUUGUCAAUCAUGUUUAUGUCCACGUGGUGGUAAUGGACAAAUCGAAUGUUUCUCACAAACAUGUAAACAAGAUUUACCAUGUUCAAAUCCUAUCCUUAAAAAAGGCCAAUGUUGUCCUUUUUGUCUUCCACCAACAGCUGCUGUAGCUGUUUGUAUUUUUAAUUUUAUUCAAUAUCGUUCGGGUGAACAUUGGAAUGUAAGCGAAUGUCAUCAUUGUGAAUGUUUACUUGGAACAAUUGUUUGUCAUCAAUCUAAAUGUCCCCAAUUAACUUGUACUCAAACAGUGACAUUAUCUGGUCAUUGUUGUCCAAUAUGUCGAGAUCAAUUAUCCUUUUUCAAUAAUCAAGACAAACUUCAAAUAUCUUCAUCCCGUGUUGGCUUUUCAAUAAGCAUUGUACUCUUAAUUAUUAGUUUUAUUAUCAUUCUUGUUAUUAUUAUUAUUAUUCUUAUUUAUUUUUUAUUACAUGGAAAAUAUCGAUCUUCAUCAUCAUCAUCAUUAAAUCAAAUAUCAAAUAGACAUCAUCAUCGUUCGCCGAAACUUGCUCAUCAAAAAAAUAUAAUUAAUUCCAAAUCAUCACAUUUAUCUCCUUAUGAAUAUGAUUUAAUAUUAAUGCCAAAUGAUAUGAAUAAUACGAAAGGUAUAUUAUCAUCAUCAAGUAAUAAUCCAUUAACAUCACUGGAACGUAUAUCAUCACAUUCAAUUAUUGGAACAAAUACAACUGGUACAAGUUCAUCAAAUACAGAACUUGAACCAAUUAUAUGGAAUGAAGAUGAUACAAUUAUGAUUCAUGGUAGUACAAGUAGUAAUGAUGAUGAUUAUGAUCAUGAAACAAUUAGUACUGAUAAUGAAAAAUCUCAUCGACAAUAUCAAAUGAUAAAUGGACCUCCUACUAUAAUUUAUGUUUAA